AUGACUCGACUUUGGCAAUGGAGUUCGAUCAGGAUGUGGAUGGUGGUCAUGUUGUCGGUGGGGAUGGCAAUCCAUGCCUUGUUGCGGGGUGUCUUCGGAAUGGCUUUAGGUAUUAUGCGAGUUGAAGGAUACGUGACAGGUCGAUCACAAACAGUCCUCAAAUUCUUGCUUUCGUAAAAUAUGAAACACAUUUAUAGGGAACCAAACUGUAUUUUAUUUUUAUUUUUUUAUUAUGACCGAAAUUUAAGUGGUUCUACUUACAAGACUAUAAAUAUUUUCAGUCUGCAUUGUCCCCACUCUAAACGGUACAUUUGUCAUGAAAGUAAGAGCAACUCCAGUUUCAAAUUAUAAUACAGUCGUUUAGAAUGAUUUCCAAGUGGAUUGGCAACUCCGAGAGAUCAGUUCGAUGCACAUGUUCUUCUAUGCCGGCACAUUCUUAUCCGUUUUUGCAGCACAUUACUUUACCCUCAAGUUCGGAGCCAAACAUUUGAUAUCUGGCGGGAUUGUGGUCGGCUGUGUCGCCACUGCGUUGAUCCCAUUGACCGUAUACAUCAGCAAGGACUACAUAUUCACAUCUCUUCUGAGAUUGCUCACAGGAAUAGCGCAAGGUGUUUAAUUUAAUGUUUUUGAUCAUCUUUAAAUAGGCUUCUUUAUCCCCUGCAGCUCUCUUCUGAUCUCGAAAUGGUUCGGUCCUGAUGAAAGAAGCACUGCUAUGGCUGUCUUUACCACUGGUAAUCAGAUUGGACUAGCUGUUUCAAUGUUUUUAACGGCCGAAUUAUGCCGGUUGGAUAUAUUUUAUGGAUGGCCUCUGGCAUUCCUCUUGUAUGGUGAGCAAUAUUUAUAUUGUAAUCAAGAAUUAAGGCGGCUCUGGCUUUGUUUUCCUAGUGUUCUGGAUGAAAUACGGAGCCGAUCAUCCCCGCCAGUCAUCCCGAAUAACGGCCGUUGAAUUAGCCCACAUCAGAGACACUACCAGUCCCAUGAUCACACCUACAUCUACACCUUUCCAAAAGGUAUUUUCAAUGUAUGUGUUACAAUAUUUCCAGUUGCUCUUCUCUCCGGUCGUCCUAUCCAUUUGUUUGUCAUCAUUUUGCCAGUCUUUUGUGAUGGUGGCGAUGACUUCUUACCUUCCCGAGUUCCACCGAAGUGCCUUGAAAUUGAAUCUGAGCCAGGUAAGCGUGCUGGAACGUCAAAUAUUGGCUCAAUACUAUUUUAGAACGCUCUUUGGUCAGCUUCUCCAUUCUUUGUUCAGACAUUUUCCAAGAUUAUUUUUGGAGUGAUCGCUGAUUUGGCAAAAAAAAAAUUAUCGCCGACUUUUGUGGCCAAAACAGGAAAUUCGAUUGCUUCCUUUGGCUGCGCUGUCUGUCUACUAGCCAUUGGAUACGUCGAAUGUCCAACUACCAUGUUGAUCUUGCUGAGUCUUGGCAUGGCCUUGACCUCGGGCUAUGUUCCUGGCUACUUUACCAGUAUUGUCAGCAUUGCCCCAAACUACACAGCCGCCAUCUCAGCUUAUGCUCAAGGAUUCGCUCAGGUGGCAAGUAUUCUAUCUCCGAUUGUGGUUGGAUUUAUGACCAGAGAGGUAGGACAGACCACAUUAAGACUUGUCCAGACUCGAGUUAUAUUACCCAUGACAAAAUACAUUUCAGUCGUCUUUGGCUGAAUGGACCGAGGUGUUCCAGAUGUUGGCAGGGAUUCUGAUUCUGACAGGCAUCGUGUUCCUGGUUUUCGGUUCGGCUUCGAUACAAAAAUGGGCCUAUUAUUGCAAAUCGGAGCCAAAAGAAUUGGCGGGAAUGGUGGACUCGAGGGGGAAACAGUCCCUGUCCCUGAUAAGGGAGGACACCGUCGAAUAA